UGGACCAAAUCGGAUGGGGACGGUUUGUGUAAGGCGAGCAGCAGCUGGCGUCCAGGGUCGCUGUCCCUGCCCUUCUUCGCCUCCUUUCGCUGUAUGCGGGAAGGGUGGAGGGAGCAGAAAAUAACCUGUCAUCCCUGAAAGGGAUUUCCUUCGGCAGCAGUAUGCGCUGCGUGCGUCCGACGGUGCCUGGCUGCCUCUUUGUUGAGCACUUUUUCACGACCGGAGGCUCUGAACGAGAUUCUAUAGGUGGCUCGUUUCCAGCUUCCUCUCACCGAUGCCACCACAAGCAGAAGCACUGUCUCCCUAUCCCACAGUGUGGAGCUCUGUCCAUCAGCCCUCUGCUUUUCCAUCCCCACACGAAGGGAUCCCAGAUCAUCAUGGACACGACACAGAAGGCAGUGAAGCGCCAGGCUAGCUUCUGCAAUGCCAUUACCUUCAGCAACAGGCCCAUCGUUAUUUAUGAACAAGUCAGGCUUAAGAUCACUAAAAAGCAAUGUUGCUGGAGUGGGGCUCUUCGACUUGGCUUUACUUCCAAGGAUCCAUCCAGGAUUAACCCUGACACCCUGCCAAAGUAUGCAUGCCCCGACUUGGUUUCCCAAAGUGGCUUCUGGGCCAAGGCUCUGCCAGAAGAGUUUGCGAACGAAGGAAACAUCAUAGCGUUCUGGGUGGACAAGAAGGGACGGGUUUUCUAUCGGGUGAACGACUCUGCUGCGAUGCUGUUCUUCAGCGGGGUGAGGACCGCAGAACCCCUCUGGGCUUUGAUUGACGUCUACGGACUCACCCGUGGCGUGCAGCUCUUAGAUAGCGAAAUCAUUCCUCCCGACUGCCUGCGGCCCCGGUCCUUCACUGCCAUCCGCCGGCCCUCGCUGCGACGGGAGACAGAGGACACGCGCCUCUCCGUCAGCCUCUGUGACCUCAACCUGCAGGAGGAGACCUUCCACGUGAUGGCCACCACGUGCCCCAUCCCGCAGAACUCCCUCAACUCCCAGCACUCCCACCUCCUCCCCUCCCAGCUCGAGAGCGACCUCCGCUUCCACCAGCUCAGGGGAGCCCACAUUAAAAUUCUGGAUGACCAAACUGUGGCCCGGCUGGAGCAUGCCCGGGAAGAGAGGACUUUGGUUUUCACCAGCAGACCCCUUAGAAUCAAUGAAACCAUUUUUGUCAAAAUUAACAAGUCCAACGCCGCGCGCACCGGGACGCUGUCCUACGGGGUAACGUCCUGUGACCCCAGCAGCCUGCGGCCCAGCGACCUUCCCUAUAACCCUGAGUCUUUGGUCGACCGGAAGGAGUUCUGGGCCGUCUGCCGAGUCCUGGUGCCCCUCCAGAGUGGAGACAUCUUGGGAUUUAUGGUGAAUUCGGAUGGCGAGCUGCACUUGAGUCACAACGGUGCCAGCACCGGCAUGCAGGUCUGCGUGGACUGUUCCCAGCCCCUCUGGAUGUUCUUUGGUUUACACGGCGCAGUCAUGCAGAUUCGCGUGUUAGGUUCCACCAUAUUAGCUGAGCGGCUGGGGCUGUCUACACCAAGCUCACCCACAUCAGCACCAAAUUCGCCUACCGUCCUCUGCAGUGGUGUCUCUGACCCCAUAUUGUCUACAUGUGGCUCUGGCCCACUCUGCAGCUCCAUCAGUGGCACAGCGCCCAACUCUCCAGUCAGCUUGCCUGAGUCACCCAUCUCUCCGUCCGUCUCAGGGCCCUGGGGAGAUGAAUGCACCAUCUGCUAUGAGAACAUGGUAGACACAGUCAUUUACUCCUGUGGACACAUGUGUCUCUGCUACUCAUGCGGGCUGAAGCUCAAGAAGAUGGCCAAUGCUUGCUGCCCCAUUUGCAGACGGGCCAUCAAAGACAUCAUAAAAACCUACCGCAGCACUUAGAGCAACAGCAGAUGCUGGUGCAGGACCGGGGAGGCGGGGAGAAGGCUGUGAAAUAACACAGGUCCUGGUCUCUAUUCAGCACCUGGGCGAUUCAACAGCCACCACCACCCACCGCUCCGAUCCCCUCUUCGACAGACAACAGUCGAGACCAGCUUAGCAGCUGCUUUUCUGCCCUCCGAGCAAGCCCUGGGGCUGAACUCCUGUGCGUCAGGGAAGUCAUCACGGACUGCUCUCCCCCUUGGAUUUUAAACUUUAUCUCAAAAAAAACAAAAAAACAAAAAACCAAAAAAAACCAGCUGGAGCAAUCGUCCCUUUUCUACACCAUGCGCAGAGGCAGGGAGGCUUCAGUGCUUGGCAGGGACACUAAGCGGGAAGCGGUGCGACGCGGCACGUCUGCUGCCGAAGAGCCGCAGCGUGCAGAGGGCAGCUGAGCAGAAGAGGAGAAACAAGCAACACGUUUCCGCGUGCAACUCGCCCGAUGGUAGGAAGCCCCCUGAAAGGCCGGAGCGAGGCGAGCUUUCAACCGGGGUGAAAAACGCAGCGAAGCUGUGCAAAGCAAAAGGACUGGGGCAGGUACAGGCGAGAAGCUAGAAAUCAAACAGCCCAAAUCCCUCCUGCGGUCGAGCAGCCCUCAGCGAUGGCUCCCGGGCUGCCCCCAGCCCCUCCUUCCCCCAAUUGCCUGACUAGCAACCCUUCUCCCCACC